AUGACAACAAAGGCCCCACCUUCUCAUGUGAAAGAGACAACCAUACGCCAAAGAGCAAGAGUACAUAGAAAUGGGAAAUUAGCAAUUUGUACUCAGCUUUUUGACGACGAUGCGAAAUAUCGUGAAAUAAUUGUGUUUCAUGUCACAAGAGUCGAAGCAGCACCAAAAAUCGCUACAUUGGAGGAAUUCGACUCACUUGGCGGAUUGGCCGGUAGUCGAAUGAUCUACUGUCUUCGAUUUUGUGAAAACUCGUCCAUAUGGCAGAAAAAGCUUCCGAGUUUGUCGAGGUGUUUCCAGCAUACGACGUUGGUAUGGAUUCCAUGCAUCUUUUUGUAUUGCAUUUCACCUAUAUUGACCGCACAAAUGUCUUACCGCCGAUUUUCGCCUCUUCCUUGGACGAGGAAAAUCAUCGCCAAACUGGUAUUGGUUGCUGUACUAGUUAUUGACUCCUGUAUUUUGUUCACUCUUCCUUUCACCGAAGCAGUGUCUAAUGGUGUUCCGCCUGCUGUGGAGUUCGUCUAUCCCCUGAUGCUUUUCGUAGCAAUGAUCCUGCACGCGAUUUUUAUACUCGCGUUCCGUCGUUGUGGGAAACUGACGUCUGCUGGUUUGUUUCUGUCAUGGUUACUCUUCACCGUUUGCGGUAUACCUGAAAUGCUAUACUGGCUGUAUUACGAAUAUGAUCUACAGAAACACCGUACCACCGACUCGUUUCGACGAGCAGCACAUUUGGUUUGGUGGCCAGUGUGCUUCAUUCAGCUCAUUCUUCAUUGCUUUGCUGAUUCUCCUCCAGUCUCUUACAAAAUUUUGAACAAUAAGGGAGUUCCUUCUCCGGAAAUGUUCUCAUCGUUUAUUAAUCGCUUAACAAUGUGGUGGUUCAACGAUGUUUGCAGAAAGGGUAUCCAAAAACCAAUAGAGCCUAAAAACUUGUACGCGUUGAACGACGAUGACUGUUCUGCUGUAUUGGUGCCCAAAUGGACUCAAUUGUGGGAGAAAAAAGUGCCUGAGUACAAGUUUCGAUGUUCCGUUGCUAGUUCUCGUAUUCGAACAUCAAACUCUGGAUCUCAAACGUCUACUACCGAUUCGCAAACAGCUUUGCUACUAAACGUCCAGGGUCUACAGGACUACGUUGGUGUUCACGAGUACUGUCGUACGAUGGGAAGCGAAAAUGAACCACUCCAAGGCGCUAUGCCCAAUAUACGACGUCCAUCAAUCAUUUGUUGCCUAUUCUCACUCUUUAAGUGGGAUAUCAUCAUUGCGAUGUCUACCAAAGCUCUCUCAGAUCUCCUCCAGUUUUGUAAUCCUCUCUUGUUAAGGUCCUUGAUCCGAUUCACUGAGGACUCUCAAAGACCAUUGUGGCAUGGAAUUUUGCUCGCGUUAACUAUGUUUAGCACAUCGGAGUUGUCGUCCUUAAUGCAGUCUCACUACUACUAUCUCAUGUACAGAGUAGGCACUCGGGUGCAAACAUGCCUCACAUCAGCUGUGUAUAGGAAGACUCUUCGUCUCUCCAAUACGGCUCGCAGAACAAAGACUGUGGGCGAAAUAGUGAAUCUGAUGUCUAUUGAUGUUGACCGCUUCCAACAAAUAUCUCCAAAUACUAUGCAGUACUGGAGCAAUCCUCUUCAAAUCGUUCUCGCGUUAUUCUUUCUUUUUCAUCAAAUUGGAUUGCCAGUUCUGAGCGGAGUAGCCGUGAUGCUCAUGCUUUUCCCUAUCAACUUCCUCAUAACGAUGCUCAUUAGGAAAUGUCAGGUGCAGCAAAUGCGUUAUAAAGACGAGAGAACAAAAAUGGUCAAUGAGGCAUUGAAUGGAAUUAAGGUUAUCAAGCUGUAUGCAUGGGAGCCGGCAAUGGAGCACGUCAUCACGGAUUUGCGAGAGAAAGAACUCGCUCUCAUUCGAAGAGCGGCUUUUCUUCGAACUCUUUCCGACAUGUUCAAUUCGGCAUCGCCGUUCUUGGUGGCUUUAUUCACGUUCACAACAUUCCUUCUACUGGAUCCGGCAAACGUUUUAACUCCAGAAAUCGCAUUCGUUUCCUUGACUUUGUUCAAUCAGUUGCGUACUCCUAUGUCUCAGAUUGCGGAGAUUAUUACCCAAACCGUUCAAAUAAUUGUGUCAAACCGCCGUCUUACCGAUUUUCUUCUUUCGGAUGAGCUCGCACUUGACUGUGUUGAUACAAAUGCAACAGACAAUGGCGAAGUCGUCAAGGUUUCAAACGCCACACUCACGUGGGAUAAAGUUCAAAGUGAACCGACAGUACAUAAUCUGAGCUUUAAUGUACAAAAGGGUCAGCUCGUGUGUAUUGUGGGUCGAGUCGGACAAGGGAAGAGUUCUUUCCUUCAAGCUCUAUUAGGUGAAAUGGAUAAGCUUCAUGGAUAUAUUGGUCUGAGAGGACGUGUGUCAUACGUUCCACAACAACCUUGGAUGCAGAAUCAAACUGUACGACAGAAUAUCACUUUUGGAAAAAAAUUUGACGAAUAUUUCUACAAUCGUGUACUCGAUGCUUGUGCGCUUUUCCUAGACCUAUCCACUCUUCCCUUUGGCGAUAUGACAGAAAUAGGUGAAAAGGGAAUCAACCUUUCUGGCGGGCAAAAAGCUCGUAUUUCCUUAGCUCGGGCUGUUUAUCAGAAUCACGACGUCUACCUCCUUGAUGAUCCAAUGAGUGCUGUGGAUUCUCAUGUUGCAGCACAGCUCUUUUCGUCUGUGAUAGGACCGCAUGGAAUGUUGAGAAAUAAGACAAGGAUUCUCGUUACCAAUGAGUUGUCGUUCCUAAAACACUCUGAUUUCAUUUACUUGAUGAAAAAAAUGAAGUUGCCUGGUCGUAUUUUAGAUGGAAGAAUCGAUCGUGAAGGAACAUACAGUGAGCUGAUGCAAUCAGGGGCUCUGGAGGCACUUUUGGAGGAAUGUGUAGUAGAAGAGGUAGAAAAACGAAAGAUGGAGGAGCACGAAGUUGAAACUGAGGUAGACGAAGUGUACAUCGAUAUGGCAGAUUACGAAAACAGCCUCAACGAAUCUCCUUUUAUCGACGCGAUUCUGGGGACAUCACAUGCUUCCCCAGUGUCUGGAAUAGUUGCUCGCCGUCACCUUAGCACGUCUGCCUCUAUGAAACAUCGUAGAAGAAAACAAUCUGCAGUGAAACACAGCUCUACAACAGUCAUCGAUGUGAACGCUCGUCAACUGACAACAGCCGAAAAAGUGGAAACAGGAAAGAUUAAGUUUGACACAUACUUAAAUUACUUUGGUGCGAUGGGUCUUCUACUCUCCGUUUUAUUUAUUUCGGGCAUGAGUUUCAGUACUGUUGUUUCAAUGGCCAGGAAUUUGUGGUUGACUAAUUGGUCUGAUUAUAACACUCGCAUAACUAACGACACCGAACGGCGUCAUUCUAUUGGCAUGCGUCUUGGUGUUUAUGCAUUACUUGGGUUUAGCGAAGUGCUCUUGCUGUUUGUUGGGAUUGUAUCACUACUUUAUGGAGCGGUUUCGGCGUCAAGAAAUCUUCAUAGUCCAUUAGUGCAUUCGAUAUUCCGUGCACCGAUGUCUUUUUUUGACAUGACACCGUUUGGAAGAAUUCUUAAUCGUAUUGGCAAAGAUAUUGAGACAAUAGAUCUCCUACUUCCGUUGAAUGUUCAAUUCUUCAUGCAGUGCAUGCUACAAGUGGUUUCGACGUUGGUCAUUGUCAUGAUAUCUACACCAGUUUUUGGCGUUGCCAUCAUUCCUUUGGCCCUUUUGUACCUCGUGAUAAUGAGGUAUUACAUCGCCACUUCCCGACAACUAAAGAGGUUGGAAUCAAUCUCCCGUUCCCCGAUUUACAGUCACCUUAGUGAAAGUAUACAGGGCGCGUCUACAAUACGAUCUUACCGGCUCGUAGAACGAUUCUCGAAGGCAUUGGAGGAAAAGGUUGACACUCAUGUGCAGCAUACGGCAGUUAGUUGUGUAACAUUAUGUCUACUGAGACUUGAAGGUGUUAAGCGAAUAGCUGGCAGUGAUUUGCAGUGUCGCUAUUUUGGAUACGUGGCGAAUCGCUGGAUGUCAGUCCGCCUAGAACUGCUUGGUAAUUGCGUCGUGCUUUUCGCUGCACUUUUUGCUGCCAUCGCCAGGGAAACAACUUCUGCUGGUGUCAUUGGUUUGUCGGUGUCAUACGCGCUUAAUGCAAGGAUCUCGGAAAAGAGGAAGCUGCUUAUAAGAGUUUGUGAAAUCACCACAGCGCUUAACCUCGCGGUGAGGCAAAUUACCAAAUUAGAAACCAAUGUAGUCUCUGUUGAGAGAAUAAUGGAGUAUGCAAAUACGUCGACAGAGGUUUGUUUUCAACUUGCACAUCAAAAGCACUCUAAGCCUACCUUAGUGCUAAGAUAUCGUCCUGGACUUGAGCUUGUUAUCAAAUCACUAAGUGCGACCAUUCGUCCACACGAAAAGAUUGGAAUUGUUGGAAGGACCGGAGCAGGAAAGUCGUCCAUAACGCUUGCACUGUUCCGCAUGAUUGAGCCUGUCGAAGGUCGAAUUGAUAUAGAUGGUAUUGAUAUCACAGAUAUUGGACUGCAUGAUUUACGUGGCCAUAUAACAAUAAUACCACAGGAUCCUGUCCUUUUCUCAGGCACCUUACGUUUUAAUUUGGAUCCAUUCCGACGUCACACUGAUGAGGAAAUAUGGGACGCGUUGGAAAUGGCAAACCUAAAACCUUUUGCCUUAGCCCAAACGGCUCAGCUGGAACAUGGAAUCACAGAAGGAGGGGAAAACAUUAGUGUUGGUCAACGCCAAUUGGUCUGCUUAGCUCGUGCACUACUCCGAAAAACGCGUGUUCUUGUACUUGACGAAGCUACUGCAGCAGUCGAUUUGAGCACAGACGCCCUUAUUCAGCGUACCAUUCGCAAAGAAUUUUCAGAUAGUACUGUUCUAACAAUUGCUCAUCGACUUAAUACUAUUUUGGACUAUGACAGGGUCAUAGUAUUGAACGAAGGGCGAAUAUGCGAAUUUGACAGCCCUGCUAAUCUACUCGCCAAUAAAAUGUCCGAGUUCUAUUCCUUGGCCAGGAAAGCAGGAAUAGUAUCGUGA